AUAAUUACACUACUUAUCUAUAAAACAUUUAUCUCGAUCCAUUAGAAAUUUAUUAUUAUGAUCUUAACGAUCAUAGAAAAAAAAAUUAAGGUGGGGCGAUUUUAUUUCGAAAUAACCGCCGCACGGAUCGGCCUAUAAUCGCAAAGUAGGCUUUGGCCAGUCGAGGAAUACUCGUUCGAGUUUCUUCACUCCGCGCGCGCCACUUAAUCGAGACAAAACAACUGAAGUCGAGUCUGCCUGCAUGCAAUUCACAGGUGAUGGUAAUUGUGUGAAUAUGGGAUUUUCUACGAAUCUACAGGGUAAGAUCGCCCACGAAGCGCUUCUAUCCAGACAAGAUGCCGAACUAAGGUUGUUGGACUCUAUGAAAAGGUGCAUUGUUUCUAAAGUUAAGUGCGAUAGGGAUUAUGCGGUGGCGCUUAGCGCAGUGGCAUCCCAAGGGUUGAAAUUCGACAGGGGCGACGAACUUUCUGGAAGCUUAGUUGCAACUUCUUGGCGAAAUAUGAUGGACGAAAUGGAUAGCACCGCUAAAAUAAUUCGACAAAACGCAGAUAACAUCGAAAAUAAAUGUUUGGAUACGUUGAAUACGCUGUACGCGGAAAAAAGAAAAGCUAGAAAAUUAUAUCAAGAAGAACACGCGAGAAUUUUACAACAAUUCACGCACUUAUCAGACGAAGUGAAUCGAAAAAAAGCCGAAUAUCAAAAAUAUUUAGAACUUUAUAAACAGAUGAGAUGUAAAUUUGAAGAACAUUACAUAAAAUCUGGUCGCGGAGGUAGAAAAUUGGAUGAUGUCAGGGACAAAUACCAAAAAGCCUGUCGGAAACUUCAUUUAACUCACAACGAAUACGUUUUAUUGCUUUGCGAAGCCGUAGAAUUCGAAAAGGACUUCAGAACGGUUUUGCUACCGGGGCUAUUGGAAUAUCAACAAUCCCUACAGGAGGCCUACAUUUCGACGUGGAAACAAAUUCUACAGGACGUUGCCAUAAAUUCCGAUUUAACUUCCGAGAAGUUCAAGGACAUCCAAAAGAAAAUAAUAAACAGCAUCGAAAGCCUCAAACCAAGCGAGGAAUAUAAAGAUUUCACCGAAAAACACAAAACCACGCCUGCGGAACCAGUGAAAUUUGUUUUCGACGAAAGCCUCGUGGAGGAUUCCGCUGGAAAAUUGCUUCCCAAUCAAUUGACAGUCGAUAAUUUGACAGUGGAAUGGUUGAGAACGAAACUGAGUGAUUUGGAGACGAAUAUAAAAGAGAUACAAGAAAAACGAAACAAUAUUAGCACCACCGAAGGUUUGGUUAAUGGUAAAACUUCCAACACCAACGAUACUAAUAACAGAUUAUCAUCUAUAAGUAUAGACACGUGCAAGAAGGAAAUAAACGAAUUAAAAUGCCAGGAAAGGAAGAUGCUAAAGCAGACCGAAUUAAUUCGGAGCGCUCUGAAUGAAUUGGGUUGCGAGGAAGCCCCGACGGCCUGCGACCUAUCAAUAGACAGUCAAAAUUCCUUCAACGGCAACACAGAAGAGGGUGAUGGUACAAAUAGCACGCAUUCUAAACGUAGUAUUUUCGAACCCCAGAAGAUAGUUAAAAUGUUACGUAAACCUUUUAGACGGAAAUCUGCCCCUUCGUCACCCGUUCCUCCUCCUCGAAGGAGGAAGGAUUCAGCUUCGUGUAGUGAAGGGGGAGAAACUAGUGUACAUAUCACUACAAAUAAAUCACUGGUGGACGAAGAGUGGUUCCACGGGGUGUUACCUCGGGAAGAAGUCGUCAGAUUGUUGAGGGAAGAUGGCGAUUUUCUCGUCAGAGAAACGACAAGAAACGACGAAAGUCAAACUGUUUUAUCGGUUUGUUGGGGCGGCCAUAAACAUUUUAUAGUACAAACUACUAUUGAGGGUCAUUUUCGAUUCGAGGGACCGGCUUUUCCGAGCAUCAGAGAAUUAAUUCUAUAUCAAUACAACAGCGAAUUACCCGUAACGAGUAGAUCAGGUGCCAUAUUACGUAACCCGAUACCGAGAGAAACCUGGGAACUGAAUAACGACAACGUGGUAUUAUUAGACAAAAUAGGAAAGGGUAACUUCGGGGACGUUUACAAGGCUCAGUUGAAGAACAGCAACACCAUAGUGGCGGUUAAAACGUGCAGGGUGACUUUACCCGAAGAACAUAAAAAGAAAUUUUUACAAGAAGGGAGGAUAUUGAAGCAGUACGAUCAUCCGAAUAUUGUUAAAUUGAUCGGUAUAUGUGUACAGAAACAACCGAUUAUGAUCGUCAUGGAAUUAGUACCAGGUGGAUCUUUAUUGACAUUCUUGAGAAAAAAAGCAUCUACCCUUAUAGAAAGUCAAUUAAUGAAAAUGUGCCUGGAUACGGCUUCCGGAAUGAAAUAUUUAGAAUCCAAAAAUUGUAUACACAGAGAUCUGGCAGCUCGAAAUUGUUUGGUAGGUUAUAAUAACGUCGUUAAGAUAUCCGAUUUCGGAAUGUCGAGAGAAGAAGAAGAAUAUAUAGUUUCCGACGGUAUGAAACAGAUACCGAUCAAAUGGACGGCGCCGGAAGCUUUAAAUUUCGGUAAAUACACUUCCUUGUGUGACAUUUGGAGUUACGGCGUUUUGUGUUGGGAGAUAUUUUCGAAAGGCGGUACACCCUACAGCGGCAUGAGUAAUUCCAAAGCUCGAGAAAAAAUCGAUAGCGGUUAUAGGAUGCCGGCUCCGGAUAACACUCCGGACGAGAUGUACCGUUUGAUGUUGAGAUGUUGGGAGUACAAACCGGAGAAUAGACCGAAUUUCGAACAAGUUUAUAGCGUCGUAGAUACGUUAUGCGCCGCAUACAGGGUAACGUUUUGUUAAAAUAAUACAAUUUUUCAUUAUCAAAGUAACUGUGAUGAAAUUACGCGUUAAUAGACACACGCGUCUUAGAAUGUCUAAUUCGAUCGGAAGUGACGAGGAAAUCGUGAGGAAAUAAUUGUUUCGAUAAAUAAGUAAAGUUGGCAACAUUGCAUACGGUUGUUGUUUGUCAAAAUUUCUAUUCAAAAACUGAAUUAUCGAUAAACUGUGUCACGGUCUUUAAUCAUUUCCUGUAAUUUUCAUGUUUUUUUUUUAAUUUUAGAUUGACAGUUUUUUACUUUACGAUUUUAAUUUUUUUUCUAUAAUUUGUAUUCUAUUAUCUGUAAUUACGAUUUAAUUGGAUAUCUUUAUGUAUUAGUAAAAGGCGCGCGUUGAAUAAUAAAAAUUAUACAAAUAGAACAAAAAAA